AUCUGUAUCUAACCAACAACACAAGACCCCAACAAAACAUAAGCAAAAUAAGCCGUGACCAAAAAGAAAAAUAUGUAUUUGACAAUCAUAUUCCUCUUCAUCAGCCCCUUUGUUCUUUCUCUUGUAUUUCUACUUAGAAAAGAUAAAUCACACUUUUCGUAUCCUAACCUUCCUCCGGGAAAGGCCGGCUUUCCAUUCAUCGGAGAGAGUUUCUCCUUCCUCACUACCGGCCGUCAAGGCCAUCCGGAGAAGUUCAUCACGGACCGAGUUCGUAACUUCUCCUCAGGUCUCUUCAAGACCCACAUAUUUGGCUCUCCCACAGCGGUGGUGACCGGUGCCUCCGGGAACAAGUUUCUAUUCACCAACGAGAACAAGCUCGUGGUCUCUUGGUGGCCAGAUUCCGUGAAUAAGAUCUUCCCUUCUUCAAUGGAGACAAGCUCCAAGGAGGAGGCCAAGAAGCUGAGGACGCUUCUUAUGCCGUUCUUGAAGCCUGAAGCUUUGAAGAGAUAUGUAGGUGUUAUGGAUGAGAUGGCAAAAAGACAUUUUGAGACGGAAUGGGCCAAUCAAGAUCAACUCAUUGUCUUCCCUCUUACCAAAAACAUGCCGUCUAUUUCUGAGCAUGGACGAUCCCGAAAGGGCAAGAAACUCGAAGAGCCAUUUAAGAUGGUAGCGACUGGGGUCUUCUCAAUUCCAAUUAAUUUACCAGGAACUCGGUUUAACCGAGCCAUCAAGGCGUCGAGGUUGCUUAGAAAAGAAGUUUCGGCGAUUAUGAGGCUGAGGAAAAAAGAGCUCAAGGCCGGGAAAGGAUCAGCGGAACAUGACGACAUCUUAUCUCACUUGUUGAUGAGUAUAGGAGAGACCAAAGAAGAGGAUGUCGCUGAUAAGAUUAUUGGACUAUUAAUCGGAGGAUAUGACACAGCAAAGCAAAAUGAGAUACUAAAGGGAAAGGAAGGAGAAGAAGGGUUAAGGUGGGAGGACACUGAGAAGAUGAGAUAUUCAUGGAAUGUUGCAUGUGAAGUGAUGAGAAUUGUUCCUCCUAUUUCUGGCACUUUUCGUGAGGCCAUAGAUCACUUUUCUUUCAAGGAUUUCUACAUCCCAAAAGGAUGGAAGUUAUAUUGGAGUGCCAUCGCCACACAUAAGAAUCCAGACUACUUUCCAGAACCAGAGAGAUUUGAGCCAAACCGGUUUGAAGGAAGUGGUCCGAAGCCUUAUACAUAUGUACCAUUUGGAGGAGGACCCAGGAUGUGUCCAGGGAGAGAGUAUGCUCGUCUAGAGAUUCUUAUAUUUAUGCACAAUCUUGUUAAGAGAUUUAAGUGGGAAAAACUAUUCCCAAUAGAAAACAAAAUAGUGUUUGAUCCCUUACCUAUACCAGCCAAAGGUCUUCCCAUUAGAAUUUUUCCUCAAUCUUGAGUCAAAGAUUGAUGUUGAUGGAUCAUUGGUUAUUGCUAUAUUAUUCACAAUAGCCUAUAAACUUUUAGAGUGUAUUGGUAUUGUAAUAGUUGAUUAUUGGAUAUUUGUAAAAGAAUUUAUUCAUCUUUUUCACAAUCAAGAGUAUGUUCUUAUGGCUAUUAUA